AGCCGGGGGCGGGGGCCCGUUCCCAUAGGGAUUGCAGCCCGGGCGGCGGCGGGUACAGCCGCGAGAGAGACGGCGAGGCGGGAGCAGGGCCAGGCCCGGUAGCCGCGGCGCCGUGGUUGACGAAGAGCCAUCGUUGAGUGGGGCUCUAGUUCAGUCUGUUCGAGCCAGUAGUCUAUGUGUGACAUUUUCAAACUAUGUGAAGAUCCGUUUUAAGAUUUAUUCCUUUAUGAUGGAGAAGUAUGAAAAAAUUGGGAAAAUUGGCGAAGGAUCCUAUGGAGUUGUUUUCAAAUGCAGAAACAGGGACACGGGUCAGAUUGUAGCCAUCAAGAGAUUUCUGGAAUCAGAAGAUGACCCUGUCAUAAAGAAAAUCGCCCUUCGAGAAAUCCGCAUGCUCAAGCAACUCAAGCAUCCCAACCUUGUGAACCUCAUCGAAGUCUUCAGAAAGAAGCGGAAGCUUCACCUGGUGUUUGAGUACUGUGACCACACAGUUCUCCAUGAGUUGGACAGACACCAAAGAGGGGUACCAGAACAUCUUGUGAAGAGCAUAACUUGGCAGACAUUACAAGCUGUAAAUUUUUGCCAUAAACACGAUUGCAUACAUAGAGAUGUGAAGCCAGAAAAUAUCCUUAUCACAAAACAUUCAGUGAUUAAGCUCUGUGACUUUGGAUUUGCUCGACUUUUGACUGGCCCAAGUGACUACUACACAGACUACGUGGCCACCAGGUGGUACCGUGCCCCUGAACUCUUGGUGGGGGACACACAGUAUGGGCCCCCAGUAGAUGUUUGGGCAAUUGGCUGUGUCUUUGCGGAGCUGCUGUCAGGGAUGCCUCUGUGGCCUGGAAAAUCAGAUGUGGAUCAGCUAUAUCUGAUCAGGAAGACCUUGGGAGAUCUCAUUCCUAGGCACCAACAAGUAUUUAGCACAAAUCAGUACUUCAGUGGGGUGAAAAUUCCAGACCCUGAAGAUAUGGAGUCACUUGAAUUAAAAUUUCCAAACAUCUCUUUUCCUGCCCUGGGGCUCUUAAAGGGCUGCCUCCACAUGAAUCCUGCCGAGAGAUGGACAUGUGAACAGCUGUUGCAGCAUCCCUAUUUUGACAGCAUCAGAGAAAUGGGCGCUUUGGCCAAAGAGCUUGAUGGGCCACUAAGGAAGACCCUGAGACAGAGCCGAAAGCACCUGCCUGGGUUGCAGGCCCUUCCUCAGCUGACCAGCAGCGGCUUCCUUCCAGCUUUGGAUAAUAAGAAGUACUACUGGAAUAGGAAGAAAAUGAACUACCAAUUUCCAAACAUUUAAGGAGCUUGGAGCUAGAUGAUGAAAAAGGAGUUAGUCGAUGAUUUGGAGAAAACGAAACAUAUACAUUUGUUUGAAAACAAUCACCAUGUCGAAAGGACACCAGGAGAAAACAUAAGUCACAAACCAGGAGAGGCCACCUGGCAGAAGAGAAAGGGAACUUCCAGAGGCAGCCUUCCAGGCUUCACGAUGGUGACCAGAACAGAAAUACUUGUUUGGAUUUUCACUUGCAUUUGUGUUGUAUCUAAGUAGCUGAGCUAAUGGACAGAAAUAUAAACUGUACCUACUAUCCCUAUCUUUGGCAAAAUUAGAAAUGUAGGAAGGAUUUAUGCUUUUAUUGUACCAUACGCAACAAGUGAGAAGUGGAUUACAAAAUACCCAGAUGUAUUUCUUGCAGAGAUUUGCCUUGAGUCCUAUACCCUGCCUUUUCAGACUGUCUCAACAUCAUAUUUAAGAAGUUUUAGUUCCUGAAAUCAAAAUGCUUAUAAUUCUAUUUCUUGCUUGCUCUAUAUUUAGAUUUUCAUAUUUUUAAAACAUUUUAGACUAUUGAAGAGUCUUUCAAAAUAAUUAAAAUCAUGGAUUAUCGUAACAGCAUUAUUUGCUUGCAUAUUUAAUGUAACAAAUGUCUACAUUUGUAGACAUUUGUUACAUAUACUUUUGUCAUUACCUUUAGUAAAGGCUGCACCUGGGUCAUUUUUGCAGGCAGGAUGGGUUUUUAUAACCCCUCCCCAGGUGACCCAGUUCCCUUUACGAACUGGUGUGAAGCCUGGUAGCUGACUAAGGCUUGAAUCAAGGGGUAGAACAAGACCUACAGGCUUCACGGGAAGUGAGCCUAUCAGCCUGAAAGUAAUUAGUUCUUCAUUCUCUCCAGCUCCGCCUCAGACUUGGAGACAGAUUUACAGGCAGGACUAUCUAUAAUGAUCUGGGCUCUGCAAAAGUUGCUUGUUGAGUUCUUCUUUGGACCAUGAAAGACUUUAGGUUGUACACUGAUAUUGUCCUGGAAAUAACCUUUGAUAUUGUAUGUGUGUGUAUAUAUACACAUAUAAAUACAUACACAUACGUGUGUAUGUGUAUAUAUAUAUAUAUAUAUAUAUAUAUAUAUAUAUAUAUAUAUAUACUGUGCUAAGAAUUGGCAACAACUGUUAAGAAAGUAGUCCAAAAUGAUUCUGAGUAUUCUUAGCUUUGUAUCAUGAUACUUAUCACGUUAUUAGCUUUGACUUGGCCUGCGCCUCCUAUUCCAAAAGAUUUUUCAUCCUCGUCCCCUGAACACAAGGGCAGGAUGGAGCUCACGUCUGUUUCUUGUAGCUCACUGCCAGUUUUGGUUGGUGUGCUGCUGCUGCUGCUGUUUCCUCAGUGGUUCCCAGCCAUGGUCUUUGAAAAUGUAUUCUACUGUCUCUUCAAAACCUUCUCCUCUUCUCUUAUUAGUUUACUGCUCUAGUAAUUUCCUUCAUGACAGCAUUUGUCUUUAUUCACUUACUGCUAAGUAACUCACCAAAUUCAGGCAUCUGUUCAAGAAUUUUGGCUACUUCAGCCAGUUUAAUGAUAUCCUAAGACUCCCUGAUGUGUAUAGCUUCUUGCAAAGAGCUGACCCUGGGUUAAAUACCAGUCGCAGCAGUAUCUAAUUCUUCUUAUUUGGCUUUGAUUCAAAUGACAAGGAAGGACAUCCCACUUCUGUUUACAUUUUCUGUUUUCCUUUUUAACCCAAAACAAUGCAUUUGACGAGGCAGAUGACUGUAACUGCCUAAUUCAUUCCGUAGUUUUAUAGAAAACCAUUCAGAAUAUAAAAGUAGUUCUGGACUAAAUUGCGGUGAAUCAGUUGCCUCACCAUACAAUAAUCAAAUCCGAGAUGGAAGCAUUCAUUUUUUCUAAUGAGUUCUAUUAAAUAUGUACCAAUGCUUAAUUUAACCACAUCUGUAAUCCUUCGUCCAGCACGGAAUCACCACUGUUUCACAUGAUACUGUUCUAUAGCUUAGUCUUUCUUUUUUUUAAUUUGCUGUGUUCUGAUUUUAUAAUUGACAGUGAAAAUUUUAUUUAUAAAUAGUAUAUCAUUUAUGGCAUGUGCUAUUUACAUAAGCUGGCUUCUAAACACAACAAAAAUUCAUUUUUUUCCCAAAUGCUGCAUCAUACACUGUUUAUUUUAAAACUAUUUCUAGUCAAGGUUAUAGUUAAGAGUAUAAUGUUCAAACCAAACAUACAGAAAUCUAUAAACAAGGUGGCAUAUCAUUAAUAGUAAUAGAACCAGGGCCAUUUCAGGGUAAAAAUAAAGAUCUGUUUUUAUCAAUA